AUGUACGCCACACAGCAGAGCACCAGCUUGUUCCUAGGAGGAGAGCGCACCUCAGGACAGAACAUCCGCGAUCAGAAUGUUCUCGCCGCCGCCUCGAUCGCCAACAUCGUCAAGUCCUCGCUCGGACCUGUUGGUCUCGACAAGAUGAUUGUCAACGAGAUUGGAGAUGUCACCAUCACCAACGACGGCGCCACCAUUCUCAACAUGUUGGAGGUCGAGCACCCUGCAGGAAGAAUCCUGGUCGAGUUGGCCCAGCAGCAGGACAAGGAGGUCGGUGACGGCACCACCUCGGUCGUCAUCAUUGCCGCCGAGCUCUUGAAGAGGGCCAACGAGUUGGUCAAGAACAAGAUCCACCCCACCACCAUCAUCACAGGAUACAGAUUGGCUUCCAAGGAGGCUUGCAAAUUCAUUGCCGACCAGAUGUCCAUCAAAGUCGACUCUCUUGGACGCGACUGCCUCAUCAAUGCUGCCAAAACCAGCAUGUCCAGCAAGAUUAUUGGGUCCCACGACAACUUCUUCUCGAACAUGGCUGUGGAUGCUAUGUUGGCUGUCAAGUCGACCAACAGCCGUGGCGAGAGCAAGUACCCCGUCAAGGCUGUCAACAUCUUGAAGGCUCACGGUAAGAGUGCAACAGAGUCCACGCUUAUCAAGGGAUACGCCCUCAACUGCACAGUCGCCAGUCAGGCCAUGAAGACCAACAUCAAGGAUGCCAAGAUUGCUUGCUUGGAUAUCAACCUCCAGAAGGUCCGCAUGAACCUCGGCGUUCACAUCAUGGUCGACGAUCCCGACAAGCUCGAGGAUAUCCGCAAGCGGUACGUCCACUGCUCUUUGAUGGUGGAUCGGGUGCUGAUGAAGAAUGAGAGUGAUAUUACCACUGAGCGCAUUCAAAAGAUUCUCGCUACCGGCGCCAACGUUAUCUUGACCACCAAGGGAAUUGACGACAUGUGCUUGAAGUUGUUUGUUGAGGCUGGCGCGAUGGCUGUCCGCCGUUGCAAGAAGGAGGAUCUCCGCCGCAUUGCCAAGGCCACCGGCGCUACCUUGAUUUCGACUUUGGCCAACUUGGAGGGCGAGGAGACAUACGAUGCUUCGUACUUGGGUUACGCCGAGGAGGUUGUCCAGGAGAGGAUUUCGGAUGAUGAGUGCAUCUUGGUCAAGGGCACCAAGUCGCAGUCUUCGGCUUCGAUCAUUCUUCGCGGAGCCAACGAUUUCAUGCUGGACGAGAUGGAGCGCUCCCUUCACGAUGCCCUCUGUGUUGUCAAGAGGACCCUCGAGAGUGGAAGCGUUGUCCCUGGAGGCGGAGCUGUCGAGACUGCUCUUAACAUCUACCUCGAGAGCUAUGCCACCUCCUUGGGUUCGCGCGAGCAAUUGGCGAUUAGCGAGUUUGCCAACGCCCUCCUUGUGAUUCCUAAGACCUUGGCCGUCAACGCCGCCAAGGACUCCACAGAUCUCGUGGCGACUCUCCGUACGCGCCACUAUGCCUCGCAGACGAACGAGGCCGACAAGGAGUUGAAGUGGACUGGUUUGGAUUUGAUGAAGGGCGAGGUCCGCGAUAACGUCCGCGCUGGUGUUCUUGAGCCUGCCUUGUCCAAGAUCCGUGCUCUUCGCUCGGCCACAGAAACGGCAUUGUCGAUCUUGCGUAUUGACGAUAUGAUCACCGUUGCACCCGAACAGCAGCAGCAGGAUGAUGGUCACGGACACUAA